ACCCUGUCUCGUACUCCCAGCAUCGUUGUUUCCUCAGUCGGCACGCCCCCCCCCCAACGGAUCUAAUUCUACCACGCAACAAUUGAGAGGUGUACGACACGCAACUACCAUGGAAUAUUACCAAGCAAAUUCCAGAGAAAUGCUCAGCGUCAGCGACACUGCUCAGCUGGAACACGCCGAGGGGACUGAUGCUCCACUCAUGCUACUUCGGUCAAGCGAGAAUCAUGCUGACCAAUGGCCCGGGCAGCACGACGUGGUUUCGAUACAGUCCCUUCCCCCAGAGCUGCUCAGGGAAGUAUUCUCAAGCUACAUCACACUCUCUUACGACCCUUUCUGCCUGGCGCAUGUAUGUCGACUGUGGCGUCAAGUGACUUUCGCAUCGCCUGAGCUCUGGGUGUACCUUUAUGUCCCUUACCUGCCCCCUGCCUUGGGACAUCGGCAAGCGAACUACGUGGACGUAUGGAGGCAGUGGCUAUCACGCUGCUCUGAAAGCUGGCCUGUUCGUCUCGAAUUCAGUGUGGACGGCGGCGGGGUGCAACAGCCGAGGUCCUGCCUCUCGCCUUACCUGGUCGAUGUUCUGCGACCGCACGCCGCCAUCAUCACGUCCCUUCGCCUGACCCUUGACCCUACCGACGCAAGUGGCGAUAUCCUUGCUAUGCCCGCUGGGUCCUUUCCCAGUCUCAGGUCGCUCUGUCUCUGGUUCAGUGCCGAGGACUUCCCAGACCAAUCACUACCUCACGGUGAUCCCAGUAUCACAUUCACCGAUGCGCCGGGGCUGCACACACUAGAGCUCAGCUCUGUGGUCAAGCUUUGGCCGAAUCCACAGAAGUUCGUCCAGUUGAACUGGUCCCUCCUCACGUCACUCGAUAUUCGGUGGAUGUCGUUUGACGAUGACGCGACUGUCCAUCUGCUGUUGAAGUGCCCAAAUCUUGAGCAUCUGGAGGUCUACGUCGACCCUGCUUGGCCAUAUGAUUAUCCAACAAACGAACGGAUCAAGCGUGUCACCUUCCCUCGGCUGCGCGACAUCUACCUUAUGGUAGAUUCGGAGCUGUACGGCAGCGACGAACCCUUCUUCGAGUGCUUUCACUGCCCUGAUCUUCGAAAACUCAAGGUCGAAUACAUCUUCCCGCGAUGCGACUGUGGCGUUCUCUUCAACCGGGGAUUUCAAAGACUGUCGCUGGGAAGCCUGAGCGAGCUCGUCCUGAAAGGGGUCGACGAGAGCUCCGGGCGGCUGCUGUACGCGCUGAAAUACAUGCCUGCGCUACAGACGCUGAGCGUGACCAGGUCAUUCGUUUUCACCCCAGUCUUCUACGAGCGACUGGCGGAGUUGCCGAUCAGACUGGUUCCUCGGCUUCGUUCGCUCACAGUCUCCCUGCCUCGGGGCGAAGAGGACUUCGACCGCCUUCAGGACGGCAUUAUAGCGAUGCUGCUGUCUCGGUGGAAGAUUCAUGACGAGGGCUCUGACAGACUGUACAACGUCUGCAUUGGGUCUGGUCAUGAGUUCAGGGAUCAUACCGCUCUUCUAGAAGACCUCCAACGCAUUGGAAUGAGUGUGAAGCUGUACCCUAUGCAUGAAGCAGCUACUACCUCUGAGUCUGAUUCGGACGACGACAUGGACCUCGACGAGUCGGACUGAAUGCUGCGCAGCGCCUUUUGGUCUAAUGAAUAGCGUUACCUUUCUCUGGUUGAUAGUGUACACAUA